AUGAAGGAUAGAGCACAUUCUAGUUUCCAUGCUUCAUUGUUGCUCAUGAGUCAUGCCCAUCUUAAAGAUUGUGGCGGCCGGUUGCCAAGUGUCGGCCCCUUGCUUGCUUGGAUCAUGCGACCAAGCCAUUGUGGUUCCAUAAGUCUCUUCUUGAUGCCGACAUUUGUAAUUUCAAGCCACGCUGUCAAAAAUAUGACUAUACGUGGCUCUCCGGUGCACCAAACCGCAGGCUCAGUACUUAAAGAACCCUAUGCACCUCCCUCGGCGGCCACAGUAUUCUAUCCGUUCCCUUUUCAGUCCAUCGAACAUAUAACCUAUCAAGUUGGUAACUUCGUUAACGUCACUGGUGAACUGGCUUCAAAACCUAUUGAGCCAGAGGAUGACGCCGCCAUGCAGUCGGCUGAGACCCUUGUCCUUGGACAAACACGAAAAAAAGGUACUGCGGCUGCCAUGCAAUCUGCAGCGACCGCAAAUGAAAGAGCAGGCGUCGUUAGCCACAAUGACGCUGGUGUUGCAGGAGAUCAGGGCGUCACCGUAAUUAAGUCUGACGCAGAUGGCGAAGUUUGGGUCCCAGAAGCCGUUGGUGGACAGCUGAUCGGACAAUACAUACAACCAGAAGUUUCAGCGAUCACUAUUCCAGCUACAUUGUUUGCUCCUGAUCCAAUUACGAUUGGAGAAGCAUUCGAGACGGCGGCGUUCUCUGCCGCUGACAAACCAGUUGAUCAGAGCGAUGCAGCCGCAAUUCAAGCUGCUGAAAUGAGAGCUACUCGCAGUAACCAGAUACUGCCUGGCGGUAUCGCCUCCGAGGCCCAGUCUGCAGCCACUCGAAAUUCCCGAACCAUGCUUUUUGAAAAUCAAGCCACCCUCUCGGACGUUUUAUCGGAUGCUACUUUGAUGUUACCUAUGGAUAAGGCGGUGACUCGCGAAGAUGCUGAUAAGGCGGUAGCUGCGGAGCUAAGAAAUAAUCCUGACAUGACUACCACGCCUGGUGGAGUGGGGGCUGCCAUGGCUGCAGCAGCUAGGCGUAAUCAAAAUUCAACAAUUUAA